AUGGGACCCUUCUCAGAUUUCAGAGUGUGCAAUCCAAUUUGGAGUCAGCCAGCCAGUGGCCGAGGCGCCCGUGGGCCUUGUACAACUUCUUUUGUUCUCUAUGAUGGGAUAGGGUAUCCAGAGCUGGUGGCUGGAAUUUGUUUGGGAAAAGAAUGGUGGGGAACUUUCACCCUUCCACCAUGGUGGCCGUGGGAAUGUGAGAGGAAGCCAUUUCCUCUGAGCCAGGGGCUGGAGACUGAGACCACCACUCUUCCGGAGAAGACAUUUAUCUCUUAA